ACAACUUCACACAUCUGGAUUGGGAACACGUUUCCGGAUGCAUCUGCCCGUCUUGUGUCCGAACUGAUCGACACACGCGUUUGGAGGCGUGUUUCAGAACUUUUAAAUGAGGCCUUCAAGCACUUUUUUCAAGUUUACCUCAAAAUUUUAAACUCACAUCACCAAGAGUACCUACAUCGAAGAGAGCUAGGACUUCUACACAAGGUGCUCGAGAAGGCGAGGAUAGGACUUUUGAUGAGCACCGAUUUCGGUUGA